GUUACGAUAUGAAAGCGGCAAUACUUUACGUGACAAUUAUUGAGGCACACAAUCUCAUGACACUAUCCAGUGGCCAAUCGCCCGAUCCAUUCGUUAAAUGUUAUCUAUUGCCGCCCAGAAUUGUUGACAAUCAGCGCCGUACCCGCUAUUUUAGUCGCUCCCUAAACCCUCAAUGGAAGCAAACUAUGGUCUACCCUAAUAUCAAGUUGGACGAUUUUAAGCGCAAAUAUUUGGAGUUAAGUGUUUGGAGUUUCUGUAUUUAUACGCCCCAUGUAUUCCUCGGACAAGUUGUCAUUGAUUUAUCGGAGUCAUUUAUUUUCGAUGAGGACUCCCAUUGGUAUCGUUUGGGAGGUUUCGAUAACGAGAUCAAACUGAAGACUAAUUCAUAUAAAUAUCCCAUAAGUGGUGGUAAAAGAGUUGUUCGC